CAAACCGCGCGUUACGUUGAUGCUGCAGUACUGUUUUUUUUGUAUAAACCAUGCAUUUUAGUGCUCAAAAAACGAAAGUAACCAUAUGAAGCGCACUCAACGACUCUGUAUAUAUACUCUCACAUAGCAAAGCUAAAUCCGUUCAAGAAACCAAAGCAAAAGAAAGAAAGAAAAAAGAGAGAAUAAAGGGAAAAACAUAUUAUUCUCUCUUUAAAUUCUCAGCUUCUUUUCAUGAAUCUAAACUAAGAACCCAAUUGGUCUCGAGAUCUGAAGAAUCAGCAACUCAAAAUCCUCUGUUUUCUUUUUUUUUUUGAGGUUUUUUUUCCUUCUUCUUCGGUUAUCUCCACGCCAAUGGAUUCGUUUAGUACUCAGAAACCUAAAUCAAGAAAGAUGAAGAAGAGGCUUGCGAAAAAGUCUCGAGUUGAGAUAAUCUUGGAUCUGUUUUUCCGGGCGAUCGAGAUAGUUGUGGUUUUGGUUACAUUAGCUAAGCUCUCUUAUGAGCUCGUUGUCACGUUUGAGGAUUCUAGUGUCGCAUCGGUUAUUCUCGCAAACCGUAGUCUUGCGUUUGUCAUAGGAAACGCGAUAGUCAUCGCUCUGAUCGCUAAAUCCGGUAUUCUCUUGAAUCAAGAACAUGAUCCCAAGUGCAAAAGCAACGAUCUUUACGAGGAUUUUGUUCUGGAGAGCUCAAGGAGAGGUGGAUUUUCACAAGAUGAGAUGAGAAGCGGAGAAAAACAGAGUGAAGCAGAGAACGAGGCUAAACAGAGCAUAACCGAGAACAAAGCAAAAGAGAACGAAGAGAAACAGAGCAUCACCGAGAGCAGAGUAAAAAAAAGCGUAACAGAGAAGAAGACGAAACGGAUCAUUUCUGAGAAGAAAGUGAAACAGAGCAAACCUGAGAAGUUGACAAAACAGAGCACUUCUGUGAACAGAGAGAAACAGAGCGAAGUUGAGCAUAAGGACAUAACUAUGACGAUAGAGAAACAGAACUUGACAGAGAAGAGGCAAAUUCAGAGUUACCAACGAAGCAAGUCGGAGAAUCUGAAGGUUUUGGAGAAGAGUUCUUGUGGAAGAUUGAAGAGAUCAGAGACAGAUGCAUCUGCUGAGAGAUUUGAUUCCGAUGAUGAACUUCGAUACAAGAUCGAGUCUUUCAUUGCAAGACAGAGAAGAAAUCAAACUGAUGAAUAGGUUUGUAUAAUUUAGAUGAAAUACAAAGAAUAAGCAAAAAAAAAUGAAAAAGACAGUAGUUUAUGCAAAUAGCAUUCACGUAUAUAUUAAAGUGUUUGUUAUACUAAAAGGCUUCUUUUAAAGCCUCUGGAAAUCUGGCAUAAAUAUUUGCUUAGAUAUUUUUUUUGUUUUAUUUCUUUGUAUAAUUUUUGAUAAAUAUAUAAUAUAAGAUGUUUUAUAAC